AUUGGUUAUCACGUCUUUUUCUAUAUCUAUUAUUAUUUCCAAAUAAAAUAAUUUAUUAUUCAUUACUUCUUACCUUGUUGCUUGUUCCUCACUUAGGAAUGUACCUUAUAGCUGCAAAGAAACGCCAUUGAUCAUAACAACACAGUUCAAGAGAGAGAAAUAACUCAGAUCCAGCUAUAUUCUCUCUCCUCAUUUUCUUCAAUUCACAUCAAUGGCUUCCAAGCUAUUACUCAUCAUUGUCUUCAUUUUUGACUUGGUUGCUUUUGGACUUGCCGUUGCUGCUGAACAAAGACGAAGCACUGCUAAGAUUGUUCCGGACAGGGAUGAAAAUUAUAAUUACUGUGUCUAUGACUCGGAUAUAGCAACCGGCUAUGGUGUUGGAGCAUUUUUAUUCCUCAUGGUUAGUCAAAUUACCAUAAUGGUUGCAAGCCGGUGCUUCUGUUGUGGGAAGCCUCUUAAGCCUGGAGGCUCAAGGGCGUGCGCCGUUGUUCUUUUCAUAAUCUGCUGGGUGUGUUUCAUCAUAAGUCAAGCGUGCUUGUUGGCUGGAUCAGUUGAAAAUGCUUAUCACACCAAGUACAGGACCCUCUUUGUUGAAAAUCCACCUUCUUGUGAGACAGUAAGGAAAGGAGUUUUUGCUGCUGGUGCUGCUUUCAUUUUCUUCACUUCAAUAGUUUCUAAAUUCUACUAUAUCAACUACUCGAGCGCGAGGGAAAGUUUCCAACCUUAUCUUGGCGGUGAGACUGGUGUCGGCAUGGGAACAUACAAAUGAGUUCGUUAGUUUAUCAUUUCACGGCGAACGUAUUGCCUUAGAUUUGGCUAUAUCUGGAAAUCUAGACUAUGCACAAUUUCAUGGAUUUUGUUGCAUUUGUUGUAUUUACAGUUUAGUACUUUACUAGAAUAUAUAAGUUGCUCUCACUGAAGGAGAAAUUUAUGAGUUUUUCAUUUAAAACUAAAAACUAAAACUAGAAUGUAUGAGUUUUAUGUGUUAGUAAUUUUUGUUGUUGUUGUUGUUGUUACCUAUUGUCUAUGAUUGAUUCAUUGCCUCUUAA